AAGAGGGAAGGAAGGCGCUGAGGACCGCGCACGCCCAGCCCAGCUGCCGACUCCACCACUUCGCGGACACCCACUCUACGCUGACAGGACCCUGGCCGCACCCACCGUUAUCUCUUUGAGCUAGGAUAGCCCGUGCUGUUUCCCCAAAGAUGGAAAUCCCACCCACCCACUAUGCUGCGUCCAGGGCCGCCUCGGUGGCGGAGAACUGCAUUAACUACCAGCAGGGGACCCCCCACAAGGUGUUCCUGGUGCAGACAGUCCAGCAGGCCAGCAAGGAGGAUAUCCCAGGAAGAGGGCACAAGUACCAUCUUAAAUUUUCUAUGGAGGAAAUUAUCCAAAAACAAGUUACAGUGAACUGCACAGCUGAAGUUCUUUACCCUCAAACGGGACAAGGCACUGCACCAGAAGUCAACUUCACAUUUGAAGGAGAAAUUGGCAAGAACCCAGAUGAGGAAGAUAACACAUUUUAUCAAAGACUCAUGUCUAUGAAGGAACCACUACAAGCACAAAACAUUCCAGAUAAUUUUGGAAAUGUGUCUCCACAAAUGAAGCCAGUCCACCACUUAGCCUGGGUCGCCUGUGGUUAUGUAAUGUGGCAGAAUUCAACUGAAGACACAUGGUAUAAAAUGGCAAAAAUUCAAACUGUCAAGCAAGUGCAAAGAAACGAUGACUUCAUUGAGUUAGAUUACACCGUUCUGCUCCAUGACACUGCAUCGCAGGAGAUUAUUCCCUGGCAAAUGCAAGUUCUGUGGCAUCCACAGUACGGCACAAAAGUAAAGCACAACAGCCGCCUCCCAAAGGAAGUGCAAGCGGAGUGAACAAGACCCUACGUUGGAGACAACCGCCAGCCAACAUGCUCCUUAACCAUGUGUAUGCUGUCCCCACUGGUGUCUAGCCGAACAGGCCCAAUGAAUCCCAGUGCCAGCCUGUAGGUCAUGUCUACAGUACCGAGCCGCAAAGAUUCCAUAAUAAAGAAUAGUACUACAGAAAAAUGUCUUUCCAACAGUAAUGGUACUAUAUAUAUCCCCUAAUAAAAAGUCCACUUCAGCCUCAUAGA